ACCCACGGCGGAAUGGAAGCCGAGACGCAGCCGCCGCCGCCGCCGGAAGGCGAGGCGAGGCCGCUGCCGGCGUGUGUGUCCAAGGUGCUCGACGAAGACAACCUCCUGACGGAGAUCAUCGUCCGCGUCGGCUUCCCGACCAGCCUCGUCCGUGCCGCCGGCGUCUGCAGGCGCUGGCUCAGCCAGGCCUCCGACGGCGCCUUCCUUCGCCGUUUUCGCGAGCUCCACCCGCCCCGACUCCUCGGCUUCUACAUCGCAGAAAGGGACGAUCCGGCAUCCGUACACUUCUUCCCGAUGCUGCAUCUGCCCCCGGAGCUCGCCGCCGUCGUCCGCCGCACAAACUUCAUCCCGGACGCCUACGAGGGCGCGCAUGCCCAUGUCGUGGGCUGCUCCAACGGCAGCGUCCUCACCCACCGCGUAAGCUUCGACACCUUCAAGGUUGCAUUUGCAAUGCACAGGCCGCUGUGCUACGAGUGAGCGAUGCCACGUGAAGAAGAAGGAUAAGAGGAAAGCUUUUGGAUGACUUGUGGCAAGGGUGCUACCAACGAAGAGCACGGGGCUGCAUUUCCCCAGUAGCAGUUCUGACCGUGUUCAUUUGAAACUAGUAGUGGAUUAAUCAGGAUGCUAUGCAACUGGAGAAGGUACUCCUAUCCUGUGGUAUCUGUGGUGUUACCUGUGGUAUCUGUGGUGUUACUGUCGCCUGUACUGCCUGUGUUGUUGUUUGGUAUGUUGAGAGUUGCUAUCUCAUCUGAUCUACUAGUAGUACAGUAGUACUACUUGUGUUGCAUUCUUAUGUGGUUCCGCUCCUUGCAACCUGUGGCAUUUUGGACAGGUGUCUCGUUGUUCACCGUUGGAGAAUCAGUUUCAGUGUGAAAUGUGCGCUGUAACAGUGAAAGAAAGUUUGGAUGAA